AAAAUUCCAAUUAGAAUUGAGGGUGUACUGUAUCGAGGCCAAAAUGGGUGUGCAUCUAGAAGCUCCCGUACCUCUCUCUCUUGUUAGCGUUACCCAACAGCGCACAGGUAACUAGACUGGGCCCUAGACUAGUGCAUCUUCUUCGCGAUUCCGAUUUGUGAGAAGAUGUCAUCGUCAAGGUCGACGACGAGGACUCUCCAGAGGCCCAAUUCCUGAAGUCGACGCCCUUCAAUCUCCUGAAUUCAUUUCUCAAUUUCCCCCCCAUCGGCUUCCCUCAUCUCAACAGUCAGGAAAUUAGAAAGUGAAGGGGCUACCGGGGAACUCAGACCAGGGAAUUUAUCUACUGUUUUCUUACAAUUGGAAGUUGCUUAAUGGCAGAGAAAGCUUGUGUAAAACGCCUUCAGAAGGAAUAUAGAGCACUUUGCAAAGAACCUGUUUCCCAUGUUACUGCUCGUCCUUCCCCAAAUGACAUUCUUGAGUGGCAUUACGUACUAGAGGGAAGUGAAGGAACACCUUUUGCAGGUGGUUAUUACUAUGGGAAGAUCAAGUUUCCUCCAGAGUACCCCUUUAAACCUCCAGGAAUCAGCAUGGUUACUCCAAAUGGACGGUUUAUGACACAAAAGAAAAUCUGCCUGUCCAUGAGUGAUUUUCAUCCAGAAAGUUGGAAUCCGAUGUGGUCUGUAUCAAGCAUACUUACAGGCCUUCUCUCGUUCAUGAUGGACAACAGCCCAACAACUGGCAGCGUUACAACUACUGUUGAUGAGAAACAAAGGCUAGCAAAGUCUAGUCUUGCCUUCAAUUGUAAGAACGUAACAUUCAGGAAAAUGUUCCCUGAGUACGUGGAGAAGUAUGAACAGCAGCAGCUUGCUGAAAAUUCUGUUCCCGAGCAAGUGUCACUGGUGCCAAGACAAAAGGAAAAAUCCAGACCAUUGUUGGAGAAAGAUGGUAUAGAGGGCCUGAAUAAGGUAGAAGCCCCUAGGGAUAUAAAACACCACAGGCGGCAAUCUUUUCCAACAUGGAUGGUAGUGCUACUGGUUUCUGUUUUUGGGAUUGUAAUGGCGCUGCCGCUACUUCAACUUUGAUAUCGAGACCAAUAGGAGGGAGAAUGUUACAAGUACUCCUUUUCAAGUAAGUCUUUGUGUUUUUCAUGUAUCUAAUAGAAGUUGCAUAGAGGUGGUGCAAAAAUGGAAGAAGGAUCAGAUAUCCCCGCCUCUUUCUAUCUAUUGUACGGUUGGCGUUUCUCUUUCCGGUGUACUGUUGUCUAACCAUAACCAUUGCCAUUGACAUGCUUGUGAUCCCAUCUUAAUCAAUAUAAAGUCUCUGUUUGGUAUCA